GCUCGACUCCCGCAGCUCAGUACUCUCUAGCGGUGUGCGCGCUCGUGUUGUGUGCGGUCCAGUUCCUUCCACCGUCGGUUGCAUGGUGUAAGUGUCAGUGGCCUCGGAUGCUACGACUCGUUCUUCUUGUCGGUAUGUACCGCGUGUACCGCGUCAUCACUGUCUGGUGAGGAGACGUUCUGAAAAAACUAUCUAAUGCGCGGGUGAGAGAGGGUGCGGAGGAUGGGGCGGGGGCAGAGCCCGAUGGAGUUCGGCUAGGCCCGAGUCCUGCCCAGCCCCACACCACCAUGGAGCCGUCAGAUCGCGGCCACAGGCCUCUUGCCUUUGACAAGAUGGAGGGGCUGGUACGGGAAAUGCAGGAUCCAGAGUCCGGGGUUCCGGUCCGCAGCCAGAAGCUCUUCCUUACCUCAAUUCCCUCCGCAUUCAUGGGCUAUGACUUGAUAGAAUGGCUUAUGGAGCGCCUCGACAUUGAAGAGUCUGUUGAGGCGGUCCAUAUUGCUAACCAGCUUUGUCAGUACGGCUACUUCUUUCCUGUCAGCGACUCAAAAAACUUGGUAGUCAAAGAUGACAGCUCUCUCUACAGGUUUCAGACUCCUUACUACUGGCCCUGGCAGCAUCGCAGUCCAGACAAUGUCGAGUACGCCAUCUACCUCUGCAAGCGUACUCUCAGAAACAAGCAACGUCACGGCCUGGAGGAGUAUGAAACCGAAGCUCUUGGUUCCCUCAGAAAGACUCUUCAAAACAAGUGGGACUUCAUUACAAUGCAGGCUGAAGAGCAGGUGAGACUGUCAAAGGACCGCAAGAAGGGAGACAAGAUAGUAUCGGACAGCCAGGAGAGGGCGUAUUGGCGUAUCCACCGGCCACCGCCAGGGUUCACCAGCAGUCUGGAGCCAGUGCCGGUCUGUAACCGUGGCGGAACUUGCUCCAGGAAGCGCAGGAGCUCCCAGGACCUCAGGAGAGAAGUGGAAUUUCUCAAGAGUUGCUUGAACAGAACAAGAACAAAAGUGUCGCAGGCGCUAGAGGGUCUGGUACAGCACUGCGACACCUACCUGGAGUUCGACCCCCUCCUAUCAGGUGCUCAGCCGUCCAACCCGUGGCAUUCCGAGGACACUGCAUUCUGGCAAUUUAAUAGCCCUAUUGUUGAAGUGCCUACUGAAAAAAGAGUUAAAAGAUGGGGCCUAUCCAUGGAGGAUCUUGUGACAGACCAGACAGGUCUACAAGAAUUCACAAAUUACCUGCGCAAGGAGUACAGCCACGAGAACAUCAGGUUCUGGAUGGCUGUAAAAGACCUGCGUCGAAGCUCGCAUUCACAAAUUCCAACCAAGGUUCAAGAAAUCUAUGAAGAGUUCCUGGCCCCUGGGGCCCCGUGUGAGAUCAACAUCGACGGCAAGACGAUGGAGAAGACCCAGCAGGAGCUGAAGACUCCGACACGCUUCACGUUUGAUUACGCUGCAGAGCACGUUUACACGCUUCUGCUCAAGAAGGACUGUUAUCCUCGCUUCAUCCGGUCCGAGCACUACAAGGGUCUUCUCGCCGCAGGCAUCCAACCUUCCACCAAGAAAAGAUUCUUCGGGUUCGGAGGUCCAGGGAAGAAGAAGAGCUCGACGAGCACAGCCCCCAACUUGAGCGGGCUGCAGGCGGCAGUGUCGGGGGCGGCGGGGGCGGCAGGAGCGGCAGGGUGCAGUCAGCCUGCUGUCAGCAGGAGGCGGGGGAGCGACAGGAGUCUGACCGGAUCCGCCCACGAACUCGCGGUCUGCGGCAUCACACGAGAUCGUGUCGGGCACUCACACAGCCAGAGCAACCUCAGCGACAUACCUUACAGAGAACCCCCUGGUGGUGGAGGAGGUGGCGGCUCUUCAGACGAGGCGGUAGAGAAAGAAAAGAAAGGAGACGACAUCUGCCCCUGGGAUUCCACAGGGUCCCCAGGAGCUGUCGACAAGAAGAAACUCCUCCCUGCGAGUUCGCUAGUAGCGGACGACUCGGCCGCCUGCCCCUGGGACUCCCUCGGUCGACCGAGCUCCCGGAAGAACUCGACUCAGUUCGACUCCGGAAGUUCCUCCUCGGACAUCAGUCUGGCCGUAGCCGCGGAAGUGAGCGAGAGACUAAAAAAGAACUGUAAUGUACAAGACCGGUUCGGUCGCAGAGCCUCUUCGUGCACGACUAAACUCCAAGAGGGUCCUCGGCCUUCGGUGUCCUCGAUGGAGGACUUCGCCCCACCCGUCCCCACCCCUCAGAGAUCCUUUGACUCGAUAUCCUGUGAAGGAGCGAACUUGCCCGUGGAAGUUCCUGACAGAGUGCGGAAAAAGUCGGUUAGUGGACCGCCUGGCAGGAAGCAAUCGACGACGAUGGCUCCGGUGAUCAGUGUAAGUUCGGUGGCGGAGAAUGCGGAGGGGAUGGAGGAGGGGGAGGAACCGACGGAACCGGAACCGGAAGUACCGGUAGUAGCCCCGACAGAAAACGUUCCUACAGAGCCUGUCCUGCAGGACUCUGCGCCAGGGAAAACCAAUGAUAUUUGUCCGUGGGAAGACGAGAAAAGUUUCUAUACCAAGAGACAGCUGCAAAGUUGAUACGCCGUUCGUGAAAACAUACGUAACUCUGGACUACUUGUAACGCCUAGCAGCUCCAAGACGUAUAUGCACUCUCUGGCUACUUUAAAUUAGUAUAUACUUUCAAAAUUGUACAAUCUGUUCAAAAACCUGUACUUGUAUUUUUUAUAUUUGUUAUAUUCUUGGAUAUGAUACUCCCUCUUAUCAAGACUUUUAUUGGUACAGUUUUUUAUUUCCGUAAUGGUCAUAACUGAAACGUAACAAUAAGUUUUACUUAUUUUUCAUCGUCAACGUGAUUUGGCACUUGUAUGGAUUUUGGUUUACAUAAAAGUACGGGAAAAUCAUUGAUUCUGGUUCUAGCUUUAACAAGAUGAAACGGUAGUAUUAUGAAUUUCAACAAAUUGUAGAGACAAAAACUUCUUAAAAAUGUCUAAUCCUAGGAUUUACGAAAAAUUCAUUUUACUUUUCGGUCCUUGAUCUUUAAAGGAGCAUAAGCAGGGACUGUCUGCGUAAUCGAGAUUACUUUAGCGUUAUGCUGACAAUUUUGAAUUCAGGAAUUUUUCUUUUUUUUUCAGAAAAGUUCUAGAAAAAAAACAGAUGUGCCUGAUCAGUCAAAGGCCAUGUAGGAGAGAGUAAGAAAGGAUAUUCCUACAGGAAUAUCUCAAUCAUUGAGAUGUUUGAAAGACACUUGAUAUAAUAUUCUGGAAAUGUUAUUGGAACGUGCGGAAGGUUAUUGGUAAUGUACGUUUUGGGGUGCGAGGAGGCACAAGCGAAGAGUUGCUCCGGGCCAAACUGAGCCCUUGGUUCGGAACAACCCCAACUUCUGCGUCCCCGCACUUGCAUCGCUUUCUCGGUGUUUCAAGGUCAAUAAUUAUAAAAAACACAAAAAAAUCAGUAGCUACAAUGUUAGUCAAGUAAGUUUAAUUCUAUAUCGAUGUUAUGCUUGUUUACCAAUGUAAGCUAUAAUGUUUGCACACGCAUACAAUUCUUGCACCUUUGUCUAAAUGUAAUGUUGUAAGUGUAUCGAUGUACUCAGCUAGUGUGUAAGUGUUAGAUAUUUCAAGUAUGUAUAAGUAACAUCUUAUGGUUUUCCGAAGCGUACAUUACAAAUAUCCAGGGUUGAUUAAAGAGAAGUCAAGUAAUGUGUUUCGUAUGAUGAGGAUCUUCGCUAUGGUCGCAAAUCUGUAAAGGCACAAUGUGAUUCAGAUUUUUUUAGUUUAUCAUGAGUAAAAAAUUUUUAUGUAUUUUUAUGUACAACUAAAGAAAACAGAACUGUAGUAAAGUCUGAAAAAGUAUUGUUGUUUCUAACUGCAGUGAUGUGAUGUUUUUUCUGCACUUGCCUAAGAGUCACGUAUUUUUAUUACUUUUCCACAUUCUGUUUGGGACUCAGUUAUUGUUGAAAUAGUUUGUAAGUAUACCUGUAGAGCGAAGAGAGUGCAUACUUACCGACGCUAGUGUCUUCAAAGGCUUUGUUGAACGCUGGAGCUUCCACUGAUGGCUUCGAAACGAUUCCACUUCAGUCAAGACAUGUCUUUCACGGUUUCACAGAACUUUCCGCCUGGUUUCAGGUGUAAAAUGCAGGAUCACCUUUACCUCUGGUGAUUCUGAGGUUUGUUUAAAUUUUUUCCAACUGUAAAGAAGUAGAUUUUGGUAAAGAGACUGUUGUUGUCAUAGUUGCAGCGUUGUGUGAAUAUGUGAUCGGUCCCCUUUCACGAGCAAAACAGGCUAGCCGCCGACAAGAUGAAGUUUAAACUUAACUUGAAAAGUGAUAUGUGAAAUGUGAUAAUGCUAGUCACAUGCAUCAUAUCCUUUCAGUAUAAACAUAUGCGUAACUUUAAAUAUUCCAUAAAUUUUAAAUAUUUAUAAAAACAAUUUUCUCGAGUUUUUAAUCGGAUUCCAUGCAAGAUUUUUGCAGUAGGAGGAAGUGUUUAUGAAGAAGAUCCGUAUUGUUGCUUACUUUACUUCAUCUCAAACCGAGACCACUUUUCUUUAAGCGACUAACCUGUUUGCGUAUUUUCCUCAGGAGGUACGUAAAUGUUGACGUAAUUCAUUGUUGAUUUAAUGUAAUUAUAAAAUAUUUUAGAUACUUAGAUGUGAUUUAUGAAAUGAUUGUUAUAUUGGCUAAUUGUAGAAUCUAACAUCAAGUAGAAAUUUGUUUUCAUCCAAGAUUACAUUUGAAAAAAAUUGCAGGACAAUUUCGUACAUAGUUUUUCUAUAGCUAUAUUAUACUUAAAUGUUGAUGUUAUUUUUUUAAAUAGAUAGCCGUGUAUUAUACUGUUUUAAGGUUAGACAAUACAAAUAAAAUUAUUCAUUUAUGAAUGUGCGCAGGCUGGUAUUCACUGUAUUAUUUGGUAGUUGUGUUGAAAACACUACAAGCAUGUGUUGUGAACUGUUUAUUGAAAUUAAAAUGUUUUAAUAUCAUCACAAGUAUAAACAGUUCACUAUCACUAUGCCAAUAAUUUUGUUCAUUCGUUGAAUUGAAAUAGGCUUCUGGGAACUGAAAUUGGACUUCCAUUCCUUGAAUCAUGUUGUGUCACUUAGAACGCUAUUCCGAAAACUCCAGAAAGUUAUAAUAUGUUUUCAAGCCUAAAGGAAUGUCACAGCUUGGAAUGUACACACAGGCAAAUUAUGUAGUUUAAAGAUAUUUCUUUCAGUUAUUAUCGCAACGGGUCCCAUAGCUUUGCACCAUUGUUCUUUAAUUGACGUUUAAAAUAUUUGACGCAACAUGUUCCCAAAAUGCUCAAUUGACUUAAAGUACUAGGUUAUUUGCUAUGUAAAAAUGGUUUUGCUUCAUAGUGCCUGCAGAAAUCCCUGCCGCAACCGCUGUUGUUACAGUAUUCUAAAUUAUACCGGCGGAUUGGUGUUCGUUGACCUUCUGUAAGUGUUAGUAGAUUGUUAUCGGCAAUUUUUAAUGGUUUCAAAAUCCGUAUAUAAAACGCUUUUACUGCUAAAAGUGUUCUAAAUGUUAUUACUUUUGUACGUUUGAUUAAAUCAAGACGUGGCCGUUCCUGUUACAUGGAGUUUGGAAAACAUUUGGUGCGAUGUUCAUUGUUCGCUAAACAUUGUGUUGUCGCUUCCACUGGUGUAUUCUGGACUCGGGUUUCUGUUGCCAUGAGACAAUUAGGCCUAAGCGCAUAUCCGAUACCAUUUUAGAACUCAUGUUGUUAGUAGUAACGUAGUCCACCAACUGGCUACUAUGUUGGAGAGCUUUAUGUAAAUAGUACAGUAGCGGAAUGUUGCGUACCAUACGUAUGUUUUGUCACUACAGUUUUGUCAUAGUUUUAAUUAUAUAAGUCUAGUCUAGUCAUAUUCAUACAAAGUGAAAUAGAGAUAUGUUGAAAUCGUUUAAUUAUAUAGAUAUGAAAAAUACAAACUGAAAAUCC